UGUGUGUCAAUCACCACCCUCCUGGGACCAUGACAACCACCAUGGUAACUGUACUGAUGCUCUUCUUUCACACCACCCUGGGGGCUCCUCAAACAGACGGUCCCUUCAAUCUCUUCAAUGCAGAAAGUGGCAUUAGACAGGAGCUGGCACGCUGGGUGUCAGGGGGACGUCUCUACGACACCAACAAUAGGAAGUGUGCUGGGGUUUCUGGGAAGACAGAGGGUAGUACCCUGGUGUAUUCUGACUGUGAUGAGAAGAGCGACCUCCAGCAGUGGCAGUGUAGUAACGACACACUGCUCACGCUGAAAGGACAUACUCUGUACCUCCACAUCAACGACAACAAUGAUCUGGUGCUGUCCAGAGACACGGGGCCUCGGAGUCGCUGGAUCAUCUCUGGUACAACCGACGGCCCCUGCUCGAGGACCCACAGAG